AUGGAGGAUAAGACCGAGUCCGUUUCGUUCAACAAGAGAAGAGCCGACGGUAACGAUAAGAGUGAGAGGCCCAAGAAGAAUUUUCCGAGGAACAAAAGGGCUCUCAAUCCUACCAACACCAUAGCUUAUGUCCAGUUUCUAGGGACUGGAAUGGAUACUCUGGAUACAUCUCCUUCAGUGUUGCUAUUCUUUGACAAGCAAAGAUUUAUUUUUAAUGCUGGAGAGGGAUUGCAAAGGUUCUGCACAGAGCAUAAGAUUAGAUUGUCAAAGAUAGAUCACAUAUUUCUCUCUCGUGUCUGCUCAGAGACUGCCGGUGGAAUUCCAGGUUUGCUGUUAACUUUGGCUGGCAUGGGUGAAGAAGGAAUGUCUGUCAAUGUGUGGGGCCCAUCAGAUCUUAAGUUCUUGGUUGAUGCCAUGCAGAAUUUCGUCCCAAAUGCUGCUAUGGUUCACACUAGGAGCUUUGGGCCCACACAUGGUUCUGUGGGUGCUCCUAUGGCUGAUGAAACUCAGUUUGCAGAUCCCAUUGUUCUUGUUGACGAUGAAGUUGUCAAAUUAUCAGCCAUUCUUCUACGACCAAGUUUCUUGGAAGGAAGUAUACUUACUGGAAAGCCUGGCGACAUGUCUGUAAUUUAUGUCUGUGAAUUACCUGAAAUCAAAGGGAAAUUCGACCCUGUGAAAGCUAAGGCUUUAGAUGUUAGACCAGGGCCCAAAUACCAUGAACUGCAACUUGGGAACUCGGUGACAUCGGACAACAAGAACAUCAUGGUUCAUCCAAGUGAUGUAAUGGGGCCCUCUGUUCCUGGUCCUAUUGUACUCCUUGUCGACUGCCCGACAGAAUCUCAUUUUCAGGAGUUGUUAUCCGUACAAUGUCUCAGUAGCUAUUAUGCAGAUUUCUCAGGUCCACCUGAUAAUGCUAAGGUUGUCACUUGUGUCAUUCAUUUGAGUCCUUCAUCCCUCAUAAGUAGUUCAAACUACCAGAGAUGGAUGAAAAGAUUUGGUUCAGCCCAACAUAUCAUGGCUGGACAUGAAAGGAAGAAUAUGGAGAUUCCAAUUUUAAAGGCAAGUGCACGAAUUGCAGCUCGACUUAACUAUCUUUGUCCACAGUUCUUUCCAGCUCCAGGUUUUUGGUCUCUUCAGGACAGUGAUUGCUUAGCAACAGAGUCCACUCCUUCAAGUGAGGUUUGUGAAAAUGGUUCUGUUUGUGAAAACAUUUCUGCCGAAAACCUUCUUAAGUUCACUUUGCGGCCAUAUGCUCAUCUUGGAUUAGAUAGGUCUGUUGUUCCAAGUAAGGUGGCUGCUGCAGAUGUCAUCUAUGACUUACUAUCCGAGAAUCCAGAGAUUGUAGAUGCUGCCCAAUGUGUUAGCCAGUUCUGGAGUCAGUCCACAGAAACCAAGGAAGAGAUAAGGUUCGUGCAAGAAGAUACAGUAAUGGUUGAAGAGCCAUGGUUUAGUGAGAAUACACUUCCUAGUUGCUUGGACAAUAUAAGGAGAGAUGAUAUGGAGAUAGUUCUUCUAGGAACUGGAUCGUCUCAGCCAUCUAAAUAUCGCAAUGUCAGUGCUAUCCAUAUAAACCUUUUCUCCAAUGGAGGCUUGCUUUUAGAUUGUGGCGAAGGAACCCUGGGACAGCUGAAAAGAAGAUAUGGUGUAGAGGGUGCUGACAAUGCUGUUAGAGGUCUUCGAUGUAUAUGGAUUUCUCAUAUUCAUGCUGAUCACCAUACGGGGUUGGCAAGAAUACUUGCUCUGCGACGUACUUUGUUGAAGGGAGUGCCUCAUGAACCUGUACUUGUAGUUGGACCAAGGCAGCUUAAGAGUUAUUUGGAUGCAUACCAAAGACUUGAAGAUUUAGAUAUGCAGUUCCUUGAUUGUAGGAACACCACAGACGCGUCUUUAAAUGCGCCUUCAAGAGCUACUGAUUCAAAUAAACAUCACUCCUCACCAGGAAAAGAUAGGCAACAGAAAGUCGAUUCCACUCUAUUUGCUAAAGGGUCUCGUAUGGAGAGCUAUUGGAAGAAACCUGGUAGUCCAGUUGACGAUGCAGUUUUGAGUUUGCAAAAAAUGCUUAGCGAAGCUGGACUGGAAGCCUUGAUCAGUGUUCCUGUCAUUCACUGCUCACAAGCAUUUGGUGUUGUCUUGAAGGCUUCGAAGAGACUGAAUAGUGUUGGAAAAGUGAUACCAGGGUGGAAGCUUGUGUACUCUGGUGAUACUAGGCCCUGCCCAGCACUUAUAGAAGCGUCUCGUGGUGCAACAAUUCUUAUACACGAGGCAACGUUUGAGGAUGGCAUGGAGGAUGAGGCCAUAAAGAAAAACCACAGCACAACAGAGGAAGCCAUAGGAGUAGGGAACUCUGCCGGUGUGUACCGCGUCAUCCUUACCCACUUCAGCCAGCGAUACCCGAAAAUCCCAGUAUUUGACGAGGCACACAUGCACAAGACGUGCAUAGCGUUUGACCUGAUGAGUAUUAACAUGGCUGAUUUGCCAGUUCUGCCAAAAGUACUUCCAUACUUGAAAAUGCUCUUUAAAAAUGAGAUGACAGUGGAUGAAUUAGAUGAGAUAUUAGAUGUUGAAAGCGUUGCUUCUUAGUGACAAUUAUUUAUUUUUCCCUCGCAAUUCCUCAUUAAUUUUGUAAUCCUCAGCAUUCUCCUAUAACAUAUCUUUUAAUCUGUGC